GUUAACAGCUGUGCGUGUCCGCCCGCGGCGGUGUUGCGGCUUCUGCGCGCCCCGCCAUGAGCCGGGCCUGGCAGGUGCUGCGCGCCCUGCGCCUGCGGCUCCUGGGGCCCACCAAGGAGUUCGUGGGUACCGACCAGUUCGGCAACAAGUACUACCGGGUGCCCAAGCACGAGAGCCGCGCAGGGCAGAUGAUUCCUGAGAGAAGAUUCGUAGAAGCAGUAAAUCGGCAGCCAUAUCUGUAUGAGAUGGGUGACUUUCCAAUAGAAUGGGAAGCUUGGAUAAGGAAAAAAAGAAAUGAUCCACCCACCAUUGAGGAGAUUCUUAGGAAUGAAAGUGUUAGAGAAGAAAUGAAAGAGAAAAUCAAAGACGUAGCUGAAAAGGACAAGCUCCUUCAGGCCACGGAGUACAAGGAGGGAGCAGUAGCAGAACCGGCUCGUACCCACGUGAAGGGCCACGCGUCAGCCCCCUACUAUGGAAAGCAGGAGCCUUCCCAGGAUCCUACGAGCACCGCAAAUACUUUUCAGCCGGGUUCCUGGAUGCCACCAGGCAGCAGGAGCAGUCCAAAGAAAUAAAGAAUUUAUUCAAGUAAUGUACAGGUAUUGCUAGUGGCUAAAUACUUUAAUAGAGAAUGCAAUAACUGUAAGUACAUCCUCUGUGUGCAAUAAAGUAAUGUUAAAGCUAUGUUUAUUUUUGGAGAAUUGUUAAGAUAGGCUUAAUUAUGACAAACCACUUUUUAAAGUAUGUUGGGAUUUAGUGAAAGAGAGGAUAUACUAGGGAUGAGUUUGUUUAUAAAUAGUUGCUGUUCUUUGGUUGUUUGUUAUAUCGCUUUAGCUAAGAGGCUUUCCAGUUAAAUGAAUGAAUAGCUUUUGUAAAAUAAUUUAUUUUUUACUUUUGUGAGACAAUUUAGAUAUAAUCAACUUUAGUAUGCCUAAAAAUGAUCUUAGUUCUCAAACCUAGGCUUUUGGUCAAUAUAGUUCCUUAGAAAUCCUAUUAAUUCCAUCCACGGCACCAGUAUGUCUAGUUGAUCUCCCUAACAGAAAGUAACACUACAGUGACUAUCCUUAUCAGUAAUUUUAGGCAUAUAGUUAUUAACUUACAUUAAUGAAUGAGUCAACAAGAGUAAGCAGAAAAUGCAACCAGUUAAGUACUAUAAUAAGGUUUAGAAGCACU